AUGACCGCCUACCCUGAUGGCAUGGCCUGGACGGACCAGCAGGCUGAGGCCCGGUCCUACCUCAGUGAGGAGAUGAUUGCUGAGUUCAAGGCCGCCUUUGACAUGUUCGAUGCUGAUGGUGGAGGAGACAUCAGCGUCAAGGAGUUGGGCACGGUGAUGAGGAUGCUGGGCCAGACACCCACGAAGGAAGAGCUGGACGCCAUCAUCGAGGAGGUGGAUGAGGAUGGCAGCGGCACCAUCGACUUUGAAGAGUUCUUGGUCAUGAUGGUGCGCCAGAUGAAAGAGGACGCCAAAGGGAAGAGCGAGGAGGAGCUGGCAGAGUGUUUCCGCAUUUUCGACAGGAACGCAGACGGCUACAUCGACGCCGAGGAGCUCGCUGAGAUUUUCAGGGCCUCUGGGGAGCACGUGACGGAUGACGAGAUCGAGUCCCUGAUGAAGGACGGUGACAAGAACAACGAUGGCCGCAUCGACUUCGACGAGUUCCUGAAGAUGAUGGAGGGCGUGCAGUAA